AGGGGAGGUGGACGAAGACGGUCUGGAGAGUCAGCGAGCGAGCUCAAGCUUCACGAUCCCGAACGCUUGUUGUGAGUGGCGCAUCGCCGGUGACCGCACGCGAAGCUUUCCUACUGGAUAAUUCACUUUGAACCCAUGCGCUAACCAGGAAGCACGAGAAGCUCACUACUUAGAAAGUAAACAGAGGCGGGUGCCAUCAACUGUCUGGAGACUCGGGGAAGAGCCGCCUAUCAGUGGUUGCAGAGCUCAGGGAAAAAACAAGAGAAGAAGGGAAGGUUGCCAGCUGAAGAAGAAGCAAAGCCGACAAGAGUUGUUUUCCGAGUCGUGGAUGUGUGAUUCAGCCCCCGUCCACUUGUGUCUCCAAGGUGCUGGGGAUGUAACAAUGGUAGGAACUGGAGUGAAGCUGGAGGAGAAUGAAGGAGAAACGGGCAGAGUUCCAAAUCAAAUGACUGGGCAGGUUUCUCCAUGUAGAACACCCUGUUCGACACAUACACCUCAGUUCUUUUCACUGAGUGCAAACUUGGAGAGCAGAAAAAAGUUCAGUGGUGAAAUGCAAUUACAGGAAAGUUCACCCACCAGGGAAAAGGUGAAUGGAUCUAGCUCACUGAGUCCUGAAAUAUCCCAAAAGCAUCACGAGAGGCUUGAAUUCAACAGAAACAUCCAUGAGGUCAUGCCAACCAUUGAGAAACUACUGAACAGUGACUGGAAAGAUAAACUAUUGGGAAAAGGAUCUGUUAACAGCAAGGAGCUCAAAGGAACUCCAGAAAGUCUGGCAGAGAAGGAACUCCAGCUUCUUGUGAUGAUCAACCAGUUGUCCAAUUUGAGGGAGCAGCUCCUCUGUGCUCACUCCGAACAAAGAAACAUGGCAGCCAUGUUGUUUGAGAAGCAGCAGCAGCAAAUGGAGCUGGCCAGGCAGCAGCAAGAACAGAUUGCCAAGCAGCAGCAGCAACUAAUUCAACAACAACAUAAAAUUAACCUCCUUCAACAACAAAUUCAGCAGGUGAACAUGCCCUAUGUCAUGAUACCAGCCUUCCAUCCCAAUGCUCAGCCUCUUCCCGUCCCUCCUGAUGCGCAGAUAGGACUGCCAAUUCAGCCCAUUCCUUGUAAACCAGUAGAUUAUCCCAUCCAGAUGCUUCCCAAUCCCCACUCUGUUCCUGUGAAGAGGUCAAAUGGACCCGUCCACAUGCAGGAGGCCUCUCAACCACUUAACCUUACGUCCAAACAAAAAGGCCUAGAGCCACGGAAAUCCUCCAGCCCCCAAUGCCUGGAUGUGGGCUUCGGACAAUCGUUGGAUCUUCAAAACAGCCCUCCCAGACCAAGCCUUCCGCUGGGAUUUCUUGGUGAAGGAGAUGCCGUGACAAAGGCUAUUCAUGAUGCCAGACAACUGCUACGUAGCCAUGGGAUUGAUGGACAUGACAGGGAUAGCUCUGACCGAAAGGAGGAUAUAAGAGGAGAACUUCUUCGUUCAAGAGAGCGGACAGAAGAUGGGCACCCCCGACAAGAAGACAACAACAGUAGUGACUCUGAAGCAGGUGGACUCUCGGGCAUGGGGUCAAGAGGCUUUCCGGAUUCCAGACCACCAUCUGCUGAGCAUAUCAAGCGGCCUAUGAAUGCCUUUAUGGUGUGGGCUAAAGAUGAACGACGUCGCAUUUUACAGGCCUUCCCAGACAUGCACAAUUCUAGCAUCAGCAAGAUACUAGGGUCUCGCUGGAAGGCAAUGUCAAAUCAGGAGAAGCAGCCGUACUAUGAGGAGCAGGCACGACUGAGCAGGCAGCACCUGGAACGCUACCCCGAUUACAAGUACAAGCCCCGUCCCAAACGCACCUGCAUUGUGGAGGGUCGGCGGCUGCGGGUUGGCGAAUACAAGGCAAUGAUGAAAAACCGUCGUCAGGAAGCUCGUUCCAGCUUCAGUGGCAGCCAAUCAGAACAGCUCCAUUAUUCCACCCCGGAAUCAGUCCAAUACCAAGGUCAGCUGUCCGUCCCCAUCAACUCCUUGCCAAUGCAUCCAUCUAUUCUGGAGCGUUACCUUCCACGUGUCCUCGACUCACACAACCAGAACCCAGAGGCAGUAGGAGGAGAGGCUGAUGGGAGAGGCCAAGGUAGCCAUGACCCUUCCUCAUCUAAAAGACACCCGUACAGCGAGGGCGAAGAAAGUGACACGGAAGACCGAAGUGAAGGGGAACUUGUAGUCCUCACAGACUGAGGGCCAAGGAAAGAAAUGACGUUUGUCAAAAGAGAGACUGAGCCGAGAGGGAGGGUGCUCAAGAUUUGGAUCUUGUUUUUAAAUAAGAAAGUCUUCCAAGUGUGCGUUCUUACUGGCCAUGUAUAUAGACGCUUUGAGAAAUCGAGAAAGUUUUCAAGCAGCAGACUGCACAGUGGGCUUCAGAACUGGGAUCUCGAAGUUAACUUUAUAUGAAAACUGUAAUGACUAUCGAGUAAAUGGGGCUUUUGUUCAGUAAUUGCCAAAAUGCCACUGUAGAGAGAGAAGCUCACAAGUUGUUGUAACUUGUCUUUCAGUUUCAAAAUUAUUGCCCACUUUGUUGUUUGGCACUUUUAUUUCUUGGCUACAUUUCAUGUUACUGGCACACUUUCUGUUUUGAAACAAGAUUUCGAAUGCUUGAGUAGGUCAUUAAACUUCAACUACUAUUGCAAAUGGACUGGAUUCUGGGAAAUGGGGCAUUUGCAAGAAAGUUUUGUCUUUCUUAAUUUACUUAACAUAUUUAUUAUUUAGUAACAAAUAAUGUUAUCUUAAUUUCUGUGGGUUUUUGGUAAAACUUCCUAUAUCUUAAGGCCUGUGUUUUGCUAUUAUUGAAAAGAAAAAAAUAUCCUGCGAGAUCUUUUGAAUGGUUGACAAUGCAACUGUUUCCAACAAAGACUGAAGUCCCAUUUAAGGUUAAUGUGGCUUUCCUGCAUCCAGCACGGGAAAUACACGUGUGCAGAACUUUGAUGGGAUGUUCCACUGUACCUGCACCUCACUAGUCCACACCACUGUCCAAAUUUUCAGUCAAGCUGCAGUUUUCACAUCUUGCACAUUUUCUAUUCAUUGGGCGCUUCGCUUAAAUUGGCUGUUGAAAAAGAUCUGAAUGGUCACGCGAAAAACACCCACAGCCAAUAUCUGAAAUUAAUUUCCAAAUAGUUCAAUGAUUUGUUUGAGAUUAAAAAAAAAAAAGCUUCGUGAAAGAAUGAAACGUUUAAAGCAAUUUUACAAAAUGUCUGAACAUUAAAAGCACUGCUGCUGACUAUUCCUGUAAUAAAUAUCAAAAUGCACAACAGCUUUUCUGGAAAAAUACAGCACUGAAACUGAACUCCUUAGUUUCUCAUGCAAACCAAGGAGACAUCAAUCUGAUUUAUUUUAAUUGAAAAGAUUUUUUUAAGAAAAGAUGAUCAAUAUUACCUCAUUAGGUGAACCUUUUAAGCAAAAAAGAUUAAAAUACAGGGAUCUGUGUGUAAGAAAAUCAAUUUGUUUAUACAUACAAGCUGAAAUUUUACAAAACUGACGAAGGAUGUAAACCUCCAAGAAUGUCUUUUGUUGUUGUGUACAGAAGCAGUGUUUUAUCUUGCAUUUUUAACUGGUAUAAAUAAAAAUAUUUUCUACUCUUCUAAGCACUACUAACAGCACCAACCAUCAUAAAAAUGAACAUUGUACAAAAGCUGCGGUAGCUGUACCGUUGGCAGUUUGCGUUAAGGAUGUAAUUUUACUCUUGUUAUAACGACCAACAGCAUGAUGGGAAACUAAUGUAUGUUCUGCUAUAAGGGCAUCGUGAAGCAUUACCAGGUUAUAUAAAUUGCGUAAAUAACAGGAAGGCCUCAGUAGUUACACAGUUGGUUGCGUAGUAUCUUGAAAAUAAUAAUUUCAUCAUCUGUGCUAGAUUCUUACCUUUAGACACAUCAGAUAGAAAUCAUUUGUGAAGCUUGUAACAAAUUUGAUUUUUGUACUUUCUUUGAGUCACUGUGCUCAUCUAGAAAUGUUUUUUUUUACUCAGAUCUUGAGCUCAUUCUGCAGCAAGUUUAACAGUAGAAAGGCCUUACCCACCAUCUUUGUUUUUAAGAAUUGAACUGAACUACCAAGUGUUUUGAGAGAUAAGGGGACAGAUUAGUGUUAAUGACACGUCCGGUGCAAGCCCUUGAAUUUGAUUCUGUCGCUCACAGACCAUGACAUAGUUAGUUACCACUCCUACCUCACGUUAAUAAAGUGUCAUUCAUUUAUAGUCUUUUCUAAAGAAAUGUUAUUCUUCACUCAGUUUAUUGUUAGAUGUCUGUGAGUUUGCAGCAUCCCCUAAUAAUAACCUGAGGAAAAUAAUCUUU